GAUGGAUGGAUGAUGGAUAGAUGAUGGACCUCCCCUCGGCUGUGUGUUGCAUAAUAACCCGAGGUUAUAACCCCAUCAUGAGCAGGUCCUGAGCUCCAGCAGGUGGCUUUGAUUUCAGUGUGGGACCUCAGGAACCCACCGCAGCGGCAUGUUUACAGCUGGAGCCCGGGUUACUGCAGUGCCGAGUGAGGUUUAGUGCUUUAAUGCAGGAGCUGGAGGUGUAAUGGCUCCCAGGAAGACGUACAUCAGUGUGGGCUACUCCUGCGUGGGGAUCCUGGUGGGCUUCUCCGCCUUCCUGCUGUGGAACACCGUGUACAGACAGCCGUGGACCUCCGCCAUGGGAGGAUUAUCCGGGGUGUUGGCGCUCUGGUGUCUCGUCACUCACAUCAUGUACCUGCAGGAUUUCUGGAGAACGUGGCUGAAGGGUCUGAAGUUCUUUCUGUUCGUGGGCGUGUUCUUCUCCGUGCUGUCCAUUGUUGCCUUCAUCUCCUUCCUGUCUGUGGCCAUCUCGCGUAAAGAGUCGCUGAAGGACCCUCGCAGCCUGUACCUGUCGUGUGUGUGGAGCUUCAUGAGUCUGAAGUGGGCGUUCCUCCUGAGCUUGUACUCUCGCCGAUAUCACAGAGAGUUCGCCGACAUCGCCAUCCUCAGCGACUUCUAACACACACACGUUCUCUCUCGUACAUGGACACGCCUAUCUCACAGGCUGAUAUCAGUUACGCACUUCUAGCUUCUGUUUUAAUAACUCUUUGAGGAUGGAGUGGUUGUCAUGGUGACAAAAACAGAUUAAAGGAGAACUCUGGCUUUUUAAUUUUUUUUUUAAUUUUAAAUCCUGAUCUCUCUCCACCGUAUCUGUAGUGUCUGUGGUUACAGCAGGUACGAGAACAUCACGUUUCCCUGUGGUGAGGGAUCAGAAACUGAAAGCGUCUUCACGGCGAAGUCAUUUGUAAUAGAAGUCAAGGGGCAGAUGUUGAAUUUUCUGUGCAGGUGUUUGAGUCAGAGUGAUGGAUGGAGUCCUCCUUUAGCACUUUGAGUCGAACCAGAAGGUUGUUGCAUCAUGGCUGGAACUCUCAGGAGGCGGGGCUGAAGGACUGAUGGCGUCUUUUAAGGACGUUUGUUUCAAAUGACCUUUUAGUACAACAUUUAUAGUAACGUGUGACGUCAGGAUGCCGCGUAACGAAACCAAAGAGAAGCUCGUUGGCUGAUGGACGCCUCACAGAUCUCACGUUUUAUUUUUUGGUUAGAAAGUCACAGGGUUAGAAGAUACACAAUGAUUUCUUGCGAACUUUUCAAAAAUGUACGAAAAAAAUAAGCCCAAGAAUUUAUUUGUGUUCCAGAUCACUUUUCUGUGAAGUUCAGUCCACCAUUUUAUUUUAUUUUAUUAUUUGCUGUUGCUUGAUGGAGCUGCAGCAUCAAGAACACAUUGACAUCACCUGACAGGAAGUGAGAUUUUGAAUGAAUGGUCCUGGAUAAGGUAGGCGGUACUGUUCAAAUCCCCCUGAGGCAGCAGCUUCCUGUUAUGACUGCGCACUCCGUCUGGGUCACUGCACGAGUUGGAGACUAGCCAAAAAUUCUGUGACCAAACCCGAUUGAAAACGUUCCACUUUUCUACGACGCUUUGUUCCUCUUCGAGGUCGUCAGGUCCGUUUUGUGUAAAAUUGGUGGCGGAGGGAUACGACCCCAUGUUCAGGAAUGUGCGAAGUAAUCGGAACUACUUUUUACUAAACUCGUGUAGUGGUGCAGUGUGUGAAAGCUCAAGAUUAAGGUCUGUAAGAACAGACUGCUCUCGUCCUGUAGUUAUUAUACGCAGGUGUGCGUGUGUUUAUUAAUAUAGUCACGGAACUUAAAUAUCUAACUGUUCAUCACUGCAAUUGGAGAGCUGCAGCUGCCCCUAGACUUCCAUUAUAACUGAAUUGGGAGUAAACUUUGAUAUAUGAUGUCAUAAUUACACACAAUGCUUUCAGAUUAAAAUAAAAAAAAAAAAAAACAUGCUGGAGUUGUCCUUUUAAUGCAGGUUGUGUGAUGUUUGUUUGUUAGAUUUUAUUAGCGGGACGCUGCUGUGCUUUAAUUUACUUUUAUAUAAUUGUGUGAUGAAUCUUUGGGGCGUGUCUGAGCCUUUACCAGUUUAAAAAUGUCAGAAUAUGAAAUGAAGGUAUGAGUUUUUUUUUUUUCCCUCUUUCUCUGUCCCCACAUAUUUUAUGAAGGGCGUGGCUACAGAGCGUCGCUGGUGACAUCACUACUUCACAUCACAUGUGACCGUGAGUUAGAUCAUUAAACAUGCUGUGGUUUUGAUAAAGCGUGAUCAGUGUGUGCAUGUGUAUACACGAGGUUUUACGGUAACCAUGGUGACGGUCGGAUGUAUAUGAUAUGCAUGUGAUUGCGUAGUAAUCGUAAAUGUAGGCGUUUGUUAGAAAAGUUUAGGUUCUGAUUUUAUUUUAAAUAAUGUAUAUAAUAUUUAUGUAGAAUUUGUAUUUGUUUUGCGUUCAUUCCUUUAAAACAGUUUCCGAAUUGUAACAGUAAACAGAUUUCAUAUUGAAGAAUGAUUCGUUACAUUGUAAUCAGAUAAUUAAUAAUUCGUUUAUCUAAUUAGCAUAAAUUAUAGAACUGGCUUUUGUAUAUUAGUGUACACCAUUUCUAUAAAAAUGCUCAGAAUCACCCACAGAACUGUCGCUCGCUCACUCGAUGUUUUUUGUUUUCUGCACCAUUCUGUGUAAACUCUAGAGACUGUCGUGUGUGAAAACCCCAGGAGGAGAUCAGCAGCUUCUGAAAUACUCAAACCUUCAUGCUCCAUCUGGCUCAAACCGACACCCAUACCACAGUGACAGAGUCACACUUCACUGUGAGAUCAGUGUUUCUCGUUCUGAUGUUUGAAUAUUAACUGAAGCUCUUGAUUUUGUAUCUGUGUGACUUGAUGCAUCGAGCGAUCGGCUGAUUAGAGAACGGCAGAAAACGGAACAGGUGGAUGGGUGUUCCUAAUAAAGUGGCCAGUGAGUGUAUUCUGAUCGGAAAAGAUCUGUGUGAACGUUUUUACGUACGAGCUAAAUAUAGUUAGCUUAACUGAAACAGACGAGCAUCAGGGUUUUACUCCGUCCCACUCACCUGGUGGUUACCGUAAAACAUUGUGUAUACAGUACAGGAACUAAAACUACGAUCACGGCUUAUCAAGACGCGGCUACGAUUAAUGAUCUUAUCCAUGUGUGUUAACACGUCGCGCGUUAUUUAUUACAGGUGUAAUGAGCUGACGAUUUGGAUCGAGGUGUUGAUUUGAUUUUAAAAGGCAACAAACAUAAAUCGAUUUAUUAUAUAAAAAAACCCUUUAUUUUUAAAUUGAAAUAAUUUGAUAAACUGAACAGCAGGUCGACUCCAGAUCGAAUCGAGACAGUUCUGACUUUUUUUUUUUAUCCGUAUGAUUCGGUCACCAGCGCGGUUCUGUACGCGAUGUAUCCGGGAUCAUGGCAUUACGAUAAGGGACGUGGAGAUGCGUAAUAAAUUUUACUGUUAAGUUUCUUUUAAAUUUCCUGUGUAUUUGUUCUUGCAUUAAUCUCACCAACUGAUUAAAAAAACCAUGACGAGGAAACGGUGCUGACUGUUUAAACUUUGUAAGCCAUUAAACACGUUACCGUAGCGAAUGAUCCGAAGUGAGGAUUUAGCGUGUGGCUCGUAUCAGUCGUAAAGCGCCGCAGGUUUCAGUCACUCACGUUUGUUUUUCUGGUUUUACGAGGAGAGCAAAUGUAAAUGUUUUAUUGUUAUUUGAAUUAAUCCUGUGAAUAAUGUUCUUGUCUUUGUAAACGUUUCUGUCUGGAGAUCAUGUUAAUAAAAGACUUUCUUUCAGAUUACA